AUGCCUCGAAAAAAUAUCUUCUUGGUAGGGGCUCCAUUGCCAGCAAGUCUGAACUGGGACACAGACGAGCUUCUCAACACGGCCAUACCUCCAUUUUACGAGGAUACUAAAAGCCCGGAACAACAGCUAUCCCUGGAUCAACCUGUAAGAUGGAGAGUGUUACGGUCACCAUCAGGCGAUAAGCUAGGUGAUAAUUAUGACUCUUUCCAAUGCUAUGAGGAUCCAGCCUUUUUCAUCUCGCAUCAACUGGCUGUUGCGACAGAUGCGCCAGGACAUCCAGAAGAUUCGAUUCUUCAAUUCUACGAUCAUUCUUUUGCCAUCCACGAAACCUCCGAGGUAGCUGGCUCAGAUGUGUAUGUGGCAGAUUCCACGCAGGAGAGCAGUUUGGGCGAGGACAGUGUGUUGGAUAGCUUGUUGGAUAGCUCUACGGGGUUGGAAAAACCAGACACCCCACGGCCACCUCGCAUCCUCCAUAUCCCUGGACCCCUCAGCAAUUUGCAAGACCUUCCUACGGCCAGGUAUAUCCAGUCCAUCGCACCGCAAACAAUGACGGUGAAUAUGAUCGUGGGGGUGCUGGCCGUGCAUCCCCCACGUCAGAUAGUAACACGACAAUGGAAAACUGAAUUGGACCUUAUCGAGCUUGUCGUUGGAGACGAGACAAGGGCUGGGUUUGCAGUCAAUUUUUGGCUCAAGCCGGAGAAGCCGACCGCUGCCAAGAACAAUGAAGCGGAUCUGGGUCGAUCGCUGGCGUCCCUUCGACCCCGCGACAUCAUUUUGCUCCGAACCGUCGGGCUCAGUACAUUCCAAGAUCGGGUAUACGGACAGAGUCUUCGUCGAGGGAUGACUACGGUUGAGCUUUUGCAUCGACAACCGGUGGAUGUUACGGAUGCGGUUGGAUUUUAUCAGGGCAGAAUUCCAGAAGGUAGCUCUCAUGACGAUCAGCCGGCCCUGAAAGCUCGCAGAGUACGGAACUGGAUGCUUCGAUUUGUGACGGAUUCAGCUGGAAUGUCUCAUCCACGUGGACUACCUCCGGACACGCAAUAA